UCUUCCACGCAAAGCUCACACGCAUCCUCUUCCCUCCGCUCCUAUAAAUACUCGCACCUCCAUUUCUCUGUUCCUCAGUUUCACUCUUCCGUCUUUCUUCUCGACGUUUCUGAGCUUUGAUCAAUGGCGUUAUCGAGAUUUGGUGUGAGCCCAAGUCUGGAGAGCGCUGAAUUUGCUUAUUGUGGUAGUCUAAAUUUGUCGACAAGACUCUCUAGGCCUAGUCCGAUGCAGCUCAUUGGCAGAUAUUCCAAUUCAGCUCUCAGAAAAUGCACGGGAGUGAAGUGUUCAUUGUCAAGAAAUGACGUGAUUGCUCCUUUGGAAUCAGAGGGAAGUGCUCAAAGUGCCUUAUCAGUUUCUACGGAGGAAGAAUCAGGACACGUUGUGCGGUUCAAGAUUUCCGAUUUUAAGAUUCUCGACAGUGUCAGCAUCGGCCUUGGUGGACGGGCCGAUGAAGUAAUUUUUGAAGCCAUGGUGAAGGAUACUAGUAGUCUGUUGUAUAACUCAAGAGUUGUGCUUCGACGGCUUAUGAGUGCUCAAGCUCAGCGUAGGGGUAAGCGUGCAAUAGAGGUUUUGAAGAAGUUAGUUCGUCGUAGACUUAUGUACCAUUCAUAUUCAAUGCAAGUUCAUGGUUACAUCUCUUCAGCUACAAGUAGUGGUCGUGUCUCAUUUACCCUAGUCCACGGGUAUCAUGGAAGUUUUUCUUUAAGACAUUGGCUUGAGCAAUCGGAUUGGCUUCCAACUUUGGAAGCUACUCUUGCUUUGGACGAGGAAUCUGUUAGGAGGGUAGGAGAUGACACAGUUGGAGGACCUGCAGUUUCUCGGCAAUUGAGGCUUAUUAGGAUAUUGAUGAGAGAUCUAUUGAUUGGGGUGAAUUACUUGCACAGCCAUGGGCUUGCCCAUACGGAAUUGAGGCUGGAGAAUGUGCACAUAAGCCCAGUGGAUAGACAUAUUAAAGUAGGAAUCCUAGGAAAUGCUGCUGACUUUUAUGAGGAUGGUUCAAACGCCAGUACUCUGGACAACAACAUAAGGAGGCGAGAAAUGAUGAUUGCUUUUGACAUGCGAUGUGUUGGAUUCAUGAUGGCAAAAAUGGUGAUGCGGGAACUGAUGGAUCCUUCAGUCUUCACAAAGUUCAAGUCAUUCCUCACUAAGGGAAAUGAUCCGUCAUGCCUACGGGAAUUUCUAUUGCAAAUUCUCAACAAGAAUUCCACUUUCAGAAAUGCUGGACUCCAAAUACUUGAUAGGAACUGGGGUGCAGGUUGGAACCUUCUAUCCUUGUUGCUUGCAACUAAGCCUUCUAAAAGAAUAAGUUGCUUAGAUGCUCUUAGACACCCAUUUCUGUGUGGACCUAGAUGGAAGGUUGUCCCAUCCAUGGAUAUCAUCAGGUGGGGUCUUGGUUCAACUGCAGUUCGAAUUUCUGAGGAGUACAUCUAUGGCCAGCCUCAGCGUAGAAGACUAGCGCAUUUUAUUGAACUAAUGGAGAUGCUCAAUUCUCAUUCAAGGCCAAAGAAUUGGCUGGAGUUCCUGCCAGGAAAGUGGCGUUUAUUAUACUGCACUGGGAGGCACAUAGGCCUGACCCUUCGGCAACCACCUACGCGAGUUCUCGUUGGCGAUGUGCACCUAACGAUAUCUAGAUCAUCGAAGUUGAACACUGCUCUUUCAUUUGCCUCCGACGUUGACUUCAGAGUCAUGCUUGGCCAGAAUUGGCCGCAUGACAAGACUGGUGUAAAUGGGAAAAUGCAAGUGAACUCAUCAUUUAGAUUAACAGCAGGCAGACGCCUCUAUCUCAAAGAAGAAAAAACUACAGGACAGUUCCCAUGGAGUCCAAACACCCAUGAUUCUUUAGCUCAGAAACUCGCCGGCAAGAAGUGGAGGAAAGUUAUUCCGUUUGAGGAGUUUCCGAUGAGCCUUCCGGUUGCCAAGCUUGGUUCAAGUGACAUUGAGGUGACACUGAACCUCGGUGAUCCGCUGAAUAAAGACGUCAGCGUCGCAGGAAAUGUAGUUCAGGAAGUUCGAGUUCAAGUACCUCCUGAAAUGUUUGAUUUGACAAAGCUCGUUUGCGGGACGUAUGUAGAUUCCAGGCUGCUAGUCCUGAGGGGAGUGAAUGGUUCUGCACUUCUAUUCACAAGAUCUUGUGAUGCUGUAAACUUGAGAUGAUAGUGGCCUUGUGUAUUAAUUUCGAUGUUUCAAUUGUCAUCUGUAAGUAAUUGUUUUAUGAACUAGGAAAUGAAAAACAGUGAGCACUAGUGUUCCACUGACGAACUUGCUCUUUUUACA